AUGAUAGUAGCACUUAGCCAUCUGGGACUGCUUAAACCUGCAGUAGAGAUGAAUGAGCCAACUGCCAACUCCAUGGAAGACCACCAGCAUCCGAAUCCGAACAAUUCGAUACCGGCGCUCGAUCCUCAGUGCCCGUCGUUAGUCUCGAUCCCGAUCCACGUUCUAACGGAAUACAUCAAGAGGCGGCUUCCGGUGGUAGAGUUUGGUCAAGUUUUCGAAAAAUACACAAAGCUUGGAGAUCAAGAUACAGCUUGUAGUAUAUGCUUGGAGUGCAUAGAGAGGAGCCAUGAGGUGAGGGAGCAGUGCAACUGUGACCAUGUGUUUCACAGGAAGUGUCUGGAUGGUUGGGUCAAUCAGGGGCAGGUGGUCUGCCCUUUGUGCCGAGCAAUGCUGUUUCCCGGCAAGAGCGAAACAGCAAGCUGCGGCGGAGGAAAUUUAGGGUCGACGGAGAGGGAUGACGCUUACUUCGAUAGGUUAGAAUUCAUUGUGAGAUGA